GUAAAUGGCAAAUUUCUCCCCGAGGAUAGCAUCGAAAGAGAGGGUCCAGCCCGUUUUUGCCAUAAAAUGAAUGGGGGACGUGGAUGUUUCUUAGCUGGUGACAGUCGAACGAAUGAACAAUUAGUACUGACCUCUAUGCAUACAUUGUUUGUUCGGGAACAUAACAGAAUUGCUCGUGCAUUAGGAAGACUGAAUCCCGGCUGGGACGGUGAAAAAAUUUAUCAGGAAACGAGAAAGAUUGUUGGUGCUGUGCUGCAGAAAAUUACAUACCAGGACUUUCUGCCAAUUAUCAUAGGAAACACGCUUCCUCGCUAUCGAGGCUACAACCCAAAUGUCAACCCUGACCUUUUGAACGCAUUCUCCACCGCUGCGUUUAGAUUUGGACACACUUUAAUCCGGCCCACGUUUGAUGUCCUUGAUAAAAAUUUCAAUCCUAAGCAAGGAGUGAGCCCCUUACCAUUAGCCCAUCUUUUUUUCAACACCAGCUUCUUACGUGAUAACGGCAUAGAUGGACUUCUCCUUGGUUUGCUUGCUAAUUCAUCUGAGAAUUUCGAUCAGAAACUUGCCACUCCUUUGCUGAAACAGUUAUUCGAACGUCCAGAUUCUCCAGGAUUAAACCUUGCUGCCUUGAACAUCCAGCGCAGUAGAGAUCACGGGCUACCUGGUUAUAACGCAUACCGACAUGUUUGUGGAUUGAAAAGUGCCACAAGUUUCUGGAGUACACGCAGAGAAAUUCAAAGCCGACUUAAUAGAAUUUGUCUGCGAAGGCUGUACGGGAGUCCUAAAAACGCAGAUUUAUUUGUUGCUGGUCUAGGAGAAGCACCGGCAAAUGGUGGAAUUGUUGGGGCGACGUUUGGGUGCAUCAUUCGGGAGCAAUUCAGACGAUUAAGGGAUGGCGACAGAUUCUUCUACAAAAAAAGUGGAGUGUUCACACCUUGGCAGUUGAGGGAGAUUAACAAGGCUACAAUGUCGAGAAUUAUGUGCGAUAAUUUGAAGAAUAUCGUGUCAGUCCAAAGAAAUGCAUUCUUCGCCGGAAACAGAAACGUUCGUCGUGUAGAGUGUGCCGGAAUACCUCGUAUGAAUCUCAGAGCCUGGAGAAGUGGAGGGACAUCAAGACGUAUCCGGAUCUACAUAAGAAGUGAAGGUUGUAGAGAUCGACGAAGAACCGGCUCUGGUCGCGCAUUUAUUCGAAUCAACGGAAUUGAUUAUUCCAGGCAUUCAAAUGGCUACAAUAUCGUUGUUAUCAACGGGAGGACAGGGCGUGUUGAACAGCGCAGAUCGUUUUUCACCAGAAGUAAUUUUGCUGCCAAUCGCAUGGUUGAUUUUCUCAAAAGCCUACGCUUUCACCGGGGAAAAUUUGUGCUUGUUGCUAUUCAACGCGAUGGUUCCCAAGGAUUGAACUUUCGUGUUCGUAGAGCUUUGAGAGGGAUUGGAGCUGGAGCAAUAUUUCGUAGCCAAUGCUCUUCGUUUGCCCUUAUUGAGAGAAGUGGCGGAAGAGGCCUGGUUGCUCAGGUUCAACGUGGAAGAUGGAGGGGGCCGAGCGUCAUUUCCCGGUACAUUUAUUUGCAGCGUUAAGAGAAAAAGGAAAAGAAGCAGAAGAAAAAUGAAUACAAUUCAUUAAAAUUUAUUGCUGCAUUUUAUUUUAAAACGCAUGUAAUUUUGCUGUAUUAAAUAG